AUGCAAUUUUCCAUCAUCGAUGUCAAUAAAGAGUUCCCUUGCAGCCUCCAGCGCUAUGGGCCAGCACUUAAUGCGAAACCCAUUCACCCCAAUCCUUCUAUGUCUCUGCUGACUGCCAUAAGGGAUGAGCCCCAAUUCCACCUGCAUUUUGCAGACUUUGUUCUGCCUCAUGUGAGGUGUGGCCUCUAUGCGGGAUUCGAGAAACCGGCCCAAGAACUCCCGAUUCAACGGCUUUCAACUGUCGCCUUGGAUGGUGGAGGGUCUGCGGUUUUCCCCAAUGACCGGUUCCCAAAACUUGGCUGA